GGUUUUUGUAUCAGUGCGGAAAAUAAAGCGUGCGGAGCGCGCGCUACUUUUUGAAAUCGCGAUUGAGAAUAUAUGUAUAUAAAAAAGGAUAAUGUUCGAAAAUUAAAUAUUUAAAACAUUAUUUUAAAAUUUAUUAGUUAGUUAUUAUAUUUAUUAGUUUUUCUGUACAUGAAAAUAAAAUGACGGUGGUGAACGUUGGACCUAAAUCGACUAAUAAUAAAAAUUUUGAAGAUGUAUUAAAGUUCGGUAGAUAUCAAAUUUUACAAUAUUUUUUGAUGUGUGUACCCGUUGCAUUGGUGUCCAUGGCUCAUGUAAAUUAUGUGUUUGUAGCUGAAGAAGUUGAUCACAGAUGUUUAGUGCCAGAAUGCGACAGUGCCAAUCCUGAGGCCGCUACCCCGUCUUGGUGGCCACCAGGGCUGGACAAGAAAUGCUAUAAACCUGUGGUAGACCAGGCUGUAUACGAUAGUAACAACCAAACAUGCUCCAAGAUAACCUUCGAAAAGACGGAGAACUGCAAAAAAUGGGUCUACGAGAGCGAUAAUUCUAUAUUUUCAUCGUUGGAUCUGGGUUGUCAAUCAUGGAAAGCUGCCAUGGUGGGUUUCGUUCACAACGCAGGCAUGAUUACGUCCAUGCUGACUGUUGGCUGGCUCAGUGACAAAUUUGGUAGAAGACCAUUGGCCAUCUUAUGCUCAAUCGGUGGCUGUAUUGGUCUGCUGAAAAUUUUCAUGACAAACUACUACGCAUAUGUCGUCAUAGAGUUUUUGGAGUCUGUUCUGGAGUCCGGAUUGUAUACUGUAGGAGUAGUUCUGAUGUUAGAAGUUGGCGGAGAAACCAAAAGAAUACUGACGACAGUUAUAUUCUCCUAUGCAGUUUACAUAGGAGAAAUCCUAUUCGCCGUGGAGGCAAUGUUUCUUAAACACUGGAAGUCACUAACACUGGUCGUUUACACGCCUAUGAUAGUCUUCAUACUGUACUUUCCCAUACUUAGAGAAAGCAUGAGAUGGCAGUUACUUCGGGGCAAAACGAGUGAAGUUAAAGAAACUUUUAAAAAGAUAGUUAAUAUUAAUAAAAUAAACGUAACACCAGCUGAAAUUGAUGCCCUCAGCGAUGAAGAAAUUCGAUUGAAGUUUAAUGUUACUUUACAAACAGAAAAAGAGAAAUUCAAAGAGAUAAUAGCAUCGAAGGAAAUAAUGAAACGGGUAGGAGUUGCGAGUGCGUGCUUUUUUACGUCAAGUUUUUUGUAUUACGGGUUGAUGGUGAAUUCUGUGUUGCUGCCAGGGAAUAAGUACAUUAACUUCAUGUUGUCAUCAUUAAUAGCUUUCCCGGGAGAUUUAAUGGCAUUAUUCGUUUUGGGAAGGUUUGGACGAAGGAUGUCAUUGCAAGGCGCAUAUAUCUUUACUGCCGUAUUUCUUAUAGCGCAGACGUAUACACCAUUAUAUUUAUCCUGGCUUAAGGUAUGCCUAUUCCUUAUGGGCAAGGCUUGUGUAGUGAUCUGCUUCACUUCCAUUUACACAUACGCCUUGGAGCUGUUCCCUACCAGUGUCCGAGGGUCUCUCUUCGGAUUUGGGAGCACGAUUGCUAGGGUAGGAGGUAUGCUGGCACCUUUGACUCCUUUGCUGGCCACCAAGUUAAGUGAAAUGCCUUCUAUCUUGUUCGCGGCUACAGCAAUCAUAUCAGCUUCUCUGCUGAUCAUCACGCCUGAGACGAAGAAUUUGCCCAUGUUUGACACUAUUGUCCAAGUGGAGGCUCACAAACAUAAAACUAUUACGCAUUUAUAGAUACGCAUCUAUAGAUUUAGAUAAUUUGGGGCUAGUUAAUUUAUGAAAAUUUGUAUAAAACCUUAAUAGAAUCUCUUUUAUACAUAGGCAUAAAGUAUUAUUGUGAUAUUUGCAUUGAAUGUAAUAAAUAUAAAUAAUUUGUAU